AAAUAGUUAACCCAAAGAGUUUACCGCGAAAGACAGACAGACAGACGGGGACGGGAGAAGACAAAAACGAACAAACACGGAACCGACUGAAAAAGUAGUAUUGCAUAGAUAUUAUUAUCAUAUUAUACACCUCGGCUGUCCGGUACAUACCGGUCAACUUGACUGACUACUAAUGGACGAGUAUGACGAGAUGUUCGGGAUAGAGGACGAGUAUGAACAACAGUUCGCUGAUGAGCUGGAGGUCCUGGCUGAGAUGGACUUUAAUCCAGCUCCUUCCACUAAGCGGUCAGAGUUCCGGAAGCAGAAGCCUCAGUCGUUCCAGGAAGCCAUCGCCGCUGGUGACCAGCCACUCAGGAGCCAAUCACAGGCAUCGUCAGAACGGAGCCUCGGCCAAUUGGAAGGCCCGUCUGUGGCGUGUGACGGAGAGGACAUAGAACACCUGCUGGCGGACGAGCCAAUCACUCCCAAGGCUAAGCGUCUGAGGCAGGAUGUGGCUAAGAAGCUGUUUGAGGGGUCUCAGGUUGAUGACAUCACCCCCCCGUCGUCUCCAGAGGAGUUCCAUCGAACCCCGAGCAGCAGACCCCAGCUAAUCCCGGUGAUCUUGGACAUCAGUGGCUUCGCAGCCAUCCAGGAGUCUCCUCGGAGAGUCACCGCGGCAACGUCGUGUCACGUUCUGAAGCGCCCCCCGGCCGAGGGGGGAUACGUUAGCGUGACGGACCAGACAGGAAACCGCGUCUACCUCCGACAGACAGACGACCUGAGGGGAAAGGCUGUGGACCCCAGUGCUUUUCGUAGCUCCCAUAAUGCAUUGGGUUUGCUGGCUGUUCCCAUCGAGGUACUGAGAGAACAGGUGGCCGAGAAGCGUCAUCGCCAAGUGGUGGAGGAAUCUCAGCGCCUAACAGAGCGACUCAACAGUCAAGUGGAUGAAGAGUUUGGAGAGCUGGACGGCAGACAGAGAGAAGAGGGGGAUCGAGAGGAGGAGGAGGAGGAACCUUCUCGUCUCUGGGUGGAUCAGUUUUCUCCUCAACACUACACUGAACUACUCAGCGACGACUUCACCAACCGCUGUCUGCUGAAGUGGCUGAAGCUGUGGGACCAGGUGGUGUUUGGACGAGAGAGGAAGACACGCCCACCCCCAGCCGAGAGGCCCGACCAGAACACAGCCAAUCAGGACCAGGGACGCUUCAAUAAGGGCCGGGGUCGCUUUAAUUCCACCAACCGGAGCCAGGGGAACUUUAAUCAAGCCAAUCAGAAAUUUAAGACCAAGAGUCAGAUCACUGAGGAGCUUCUGGAGGCUGAACUGGACCAAUACAAAAGGCCCAAAUACAAGGUGGUGCUGCUCUCUGGUCCUCCGGGUUUAGGGAAGACCACUCUAGCCCACAUCAUCGCUAAGCAUGCUGGGUACAACGUGGUGGAGAUUAACGCCAGUGAUGACCGCAGUGCGGAGCUGUUCCAGAAGCGUAUCGACACAGCGACCCAGAUGAGGUCAGUGCUGGGAGCCAAUGAGAAGCCUAACUGCCUCAUCAUCGACGAGAUCGACGGAGCGCCCGCCGCUGCCAUCAGCAUCCUAUUGGCCACUCUGAACAGGAAGGACAGCCAGGGGGCGGAUUCAGAGGCGGAGCCUCUAAAGAAGAAGAAGAAAAAAGAGUCGGUCCUCCUCCGACCAAUCAUCUGCAUCUGUAACGACCUGUAUGUUCCAGCCCUGAGGCCUCUGAGGCAGCAGGCGUUCCUAUUGGCCUUCCCCCAGACACAGCCUUCCCGCCUGGCACAGAGACUGGCUGAGAUCUCCAGGGGCCAGGGUAUGAAGGCUGACAUGGGGACUCUGAUGGCUCUCUGUGAGAAGACGGACAACGACAUCAGAUCCUGCAUAAAUACACUGCAGUUCCUCCACGGUCGAGGGAAGAGACAGCUGGACGUGCAGUCGGUCCAGUCCAUGAGGAUCGGUCAGAAGGAUCAGAAUAAAGGACUGUUCAACCUCUGGCAGGAGAUCUUCCAACUGCCGCGCAUCAAACGGAAGCGUGUGGGCGAGGAGCUGGAGGAGGGCCUUAGAGAAGGAGGCGGGGCCGAGAGACUACAGCACAUCCUUCACCUGGCCUCUUCCACCGGAGAGCACGACAAACUCACACAGGGUCUCUAUGAUAACUUCCUGUCUAUGCGUGUGAAGGACCCCGGUCUUGGCAGAGUGUGUCAGGCUCUGGAUUGGUUGGGCUUCUCAGACGGGUUGACCCAGGCCAUGCUGCAAGGACAAAACUUCUCUCUGCUGCGAUACCAGCCCUUCCUCCCCGCAGCUUUCCACUUCCUGUUUGCUCACACACACGUCCCCCGCAUCAACUACCCCCACAGCCAGUACGAGGCUCUAACUAAGACCUCAGCCAGCAGGAACGCUCUGGCGGCCAUGUUGUCUGAAGUCCCAGCAUGCAUCAGGACUAGAGUCAGUGAGCUUAGUCUCAGUCUGGACAUCCUGUCUCUCCUGCUGGAUAUCAUCUGUCCCAAACUACGACCUGUGAACCCCCAACUGUUCAGCGACAGAGAGAAACAGCAGCUGGUUGAUCUGAUUCACACCAUGAUCUCCUACAACCUGUCCUACAGACAGGACAGAACGCCUGAUGGACAAUAUGUCUACGUUCUGGAGCCGCGUGUGGAGCAGGUGGUCUGUUUCCCAGGCUUGCCCCCCCACAGACAGCUGACCUACCAGACCAAACAGACGAUCAGCAGAGAGAUGGACCAGGAGAGGAUGAGGAGAGCAGAGUCACUGAUGCUGCUACGCAACCCACACACGAAGCAGGAGGACGAGAAGGAAAAGCAGCCUAAGGCAGUGACAUCAUCUGUGACAUCGUCCGUCAGGAACCACCAACAGAGGCUGGAGAACAUCCUGAGAAACACUGUAGUCGAGAUCAGGCCGGAGGUGGAUUUCUUUGGCCGAGCCGUCGCCCCCAAGGAGAAACCACAGGUGGUCUCCGCUACAGGUGAAGUGUGUGUGGAGGUUGCCAUGGGGACAGCGGUUGGCAACAGUGACGUGUGGUUCCGCUUCAACGAGGGCGUGUCCAACGCCGUGCGACGCAACAUCUACAUCAGAGAACUGCUAUAACUCACACACUGUACACACACACACACACUGUACACACACACACACACUGUACACACACACACACACACACUGUACACACACACACACCGUACACACACACACACCGUACACACA